AUGAAGACAGGAGUAGAGAAUAGAAACCCUAAAGACUUACUCUAUUUAAAGUAUCUGAGAAAACGUAAAAUCUACAAGCAAGGGGUUAUAAAUGGUGAAUUUUGUUAAAUAUUUCUCAAUUACAUUCAAUCAAUUUUGUAUGUUUAAUUAAGACCUUUUUUAGCUUCUCAAUUAACGAUCAAAACAGCAAUUUGUAAUUCCAUUAUUCGAAAUAUAAAAGUUUUUCAAAAGCAGAAAUGA